AGGUUCCAACUGAAGUUUUAGAACUACUAGAUUUAGUUAAUAGCGUUUGUUAUUUUCUUGUAUACACUCAGUCUCUAGAGUGUGAAGACAAUUUAUUUGAUGAAUGCACAUUAUCUGAAGUAGUUCUUUUUGAAGAAAAAUAUGACGAGAAAGGAUAUAAUAAGGUUGACUCAGGUGGUUUAAGUAUAUCUGAG